GUAACGGGCCGCUUUCAGGAUGAGGGUUUUUAAGGAGCUGGACGUUUGGCUUGAGGUGGAAGCAACUGGUGUUUUUGCGGAUAUAGUCCUGGAUUGUGUAGCAAAAACAAAAUACAAACAAACAUGACGCUGUGUCGUCGCUGUACGACUUAUCCAGGCUUUGGAGUACUGAAAUAAACCCUUAAUCCGAGGCCAGUAAAUAAUUUAAGGAGCUGCUGGACAUUGUGUCAGAGUGGCCAUAAGGAGAAACAAUGCAAUGCAUGCUUGUGACCACCAUUAUCCAGCGUGAAUGCAUUACUUCACCAUUGCAUGCCUACAUCGUUAAUCCUUCCCUCGUGCAUGCCUUCAAAACCUAGCCUGACCAGGCCUUUUUUUCUCUGUCUCUACUUCCUCCAAUAAAAUAACACCACAUCACUAUGGACAAGGAUGAAGCUGACUGUACUCACCAAUAUCUCUUCUCCAGAAAAGCAAUCCUGCAAUCGAGGAGUCAUUUGCUUUUAAAAAAGAAGGCCAAAAAAGUCUCGCCUUGCCAAUGCAGUCUUGAAACCUCAUCCCAACCCAUUCCUGGUUUUGGAAGUGAGAAGGAAAAGGUCCUGGAGCUGCCCUGGACCUCUGUGGAGAACCAGCAUUUUGAUUACGCUGACCUCAAGCAGAUUUGUGAACUGCACCAAAGGCUGGCCGACGAGAUCACUGGCAUUGUAUCACCUGACCGGACAACGAAAGCAGGAAAGAAGUUGUCAGGAAUUAACUCAGGGUGUAAAGGCAAUGGGGCAAUAUACCGUAAACUAGAGGGGCUGCUGAAGACUCUCCAUGGGGAAGCAGACAAGGAGCAAGCCGGGCUUCUGCAGUGCCUCUGGGAGGAAGUGGAGCUGGAGAAGAGCUACUUCCUGUGCCACUUGCUAGAUGUACAUGGGCAUCCUUCACUAAUGGCAGAAAAAAAGAAAGACAAAGUUACAAACAAGCCAGAGGAGUGGAGGUCAGAGAACUCAAGGAGUGCAGAUCUCUCAGAUUCUUUCAAGGAAGAAAAGCAAUUGGUCACUAAUUAUUACCCAGAUUCUCAGAAACAUCCACCUAUGAAAAAGUUUAAGCAGGGAUUAGAAAGCUCAUCAGAAAAGGAGGAUUCUGGGAAAAACCCUCCCAGUUCUUCACUUGUCGAAGAAAAGACCAACAAGGGGGAUCUGUAUCAGACUUUCCCUGAUGUGGGUUGGGAACUCCCGCAUUCCAGGCCAUCUCUGGAAAAGUUGUCUCCCUCCAGAUGUUCAGAGGACAACAUGAAAGACACGGACGGCACAGAUUACGACUGUCUAGUGCGGCAGAACUCAGAGCUCCUGAGAGCGCUCGAGGAUCUGGAGAAGACUGUGUCCACGCUCCGAGAGGAAAACAGCCUCCUGCGUAAGAGCAGUUGUCCUGAGACAGAGGACAAGGUAAAAAGGUUGAGGAGGAAAAAUGCAGAGUUGGCUGUCAUCGCUAAGCGUCUGGAAGAGAGGGCACACAAACUGCAGGAGGCCAAUCUAAAAGUGGUGAAUGCCCCCAUCCCUAUGAAGCCCGGUGCUGUAGAGCAGUAUAAGAGAGCGUUUGCUAGGCAGCGGGCACGAGACCUGGCACAGCAUGCAGACACACUGCUCUCCAAAGACAAGGAGAUUGCUGCACUACAACACGAAUGCCGACAGCUGAAGGCCAGAAUAGGACAGGACAAACAGGCAGCUCCUUGUCCAGCAGGAAUGGUUGAUUUUGAGCGGUUGUUGAAGGAAUCUCAGAAGGAGGUGCUGCGCCUGCAGAGACAGCUCUCGGUCAGCUCGGUUUUGGAUCAGAGCUCAACUGGAGGAGCCGAGAACGAGCGAGAACAAAAAGAGCCACCGCCUGUAGUUAAUGAGGUCCAUGUUAAGAAGAAGGAAACCCACGGAGAGGAAAAGGAGGAGUCUAGAGCACAAGUAACUGCAGAGCAGGACAGCAGCUCAACCCAUCCAGAAGAACAGGCACAAAAGGAGUGUAUAGAGAUUCUGGAAAGUGAGUUGAGCAAGAAGAGAAAAGAAUGUGAGGGUCUCGAGCAUGAAGUAAGGAAGAGGCAGAAGAGAUGUCUCGAUUUGGAGAGCCAGCUUGAGGAUGAGCGCUGUAAAAAUGAGCGCUUAACAGAGGAGGCUGAACUCCUCAGGAGGAAGGCUCAGCUGCUUGAGCAGUCUCAGGUUGAGAAUGAGGAGCUGAGGGAGGAGCUCUCUGCAGUGACCGCUCAGUAUAGUUCAGUUCUCGAGGAGAACCAGAGACUUCGUGCCAAGCUGGAGAACCUAGAGCAGGUCCUAAAGCAUAUGCGAGAGGUCGCAGAGCGCAGGCAGCAGCUGGAACUGGAACAUGAGCAGGCACUGGCUAUCCUCAAGUUCAAACAGGAUGAGAUCAAACGACUUCAGCGGGCCCAGUUAUUUGCUAAGAGGGAGCAUGAAGGAGUUGUUCAGAUGCUGGAGGGAUUGAUCCAGUUUGUAUUGCUGAGAGAGCUGACGAAGGUACGAGAUCUGGAGCAGAAAUGCCGUAAUCAGGGCGAGCAGUUCAGUCUUCUUUCUCAGGAGCUGGACAAAUUCCGGCUGCAGGCCUCUAAGAUCGAUCUGUCAGCUCCUGGACUGCUGUGCACCAGCCUCACACAACUUCCCAACGGCCUCAGUCUGCCCACGGACACCGGCACUAGUGCUUCAUGGGAUGACAUCGCCUUCUGGAGUCUGGAGGGUAACGAGGCCCUGUGUGACGUCUCUGAGCAGGAUUUGGCUGCUGUGAUUCGGGCCAGUACAGCGUCAUACUCAGCAGGUCUGUCCCAGAGCGAACGCUCGCCAGGCACCAAACACCGUGAGCUGCCCAGGCUGAACCCCAAAUCAGCCUCCACCUCCAGCGCAUCUCCACCCAAAUCUGAAAACACUCACCUGUCGCCAAAAUCAGCCACAACCUCACGCAAAGCCAGCCCCACUCACGAGGUGGACACUGCCAGUGAGGUUGAGGAACUGGACAUCGACGUGUCCCCUGUUCCUUUCCCAGCCAGUCGAGGAGCUGCCAAGCUCCAGGUGUUUAUUGCUCGUUACAGCUACAAUCCAUAUGAUGGCCCAAAUGAUAAUCCAGAGGUGGAGCUGCCUCUCACAGCAGGGGAAUACAUCUACGUGUACGGAGACAUGGAUGAUGACGGCUUCUAUGAAGGUGAACUGAUGGACGGCCGUCGAGGCCUGGUCCCAUCAAACUUUGUGGAGCGUGUCUCAGACGACGAGGCGCAUGAAGCCACUGACUUUUCCCACAACUCCUUCCUGGAAAGCAGUAUUCACAGCAUCUCAGAGAGACCACAUCCACAGCAUGUGCGCAUGGGUCACAGCAUCACAGACAGGACAGAGGUCUCAGCUACCAGUGACAUGAGCAAAGCUGGCACUAUACCACUUGUCAAUGGCUUGGACAUGGAUCUGGACUUGGAGGAUGACACAGAGUCUCACAUCGUGCCUCAUCCUCACAAGUUGACUCUCAUCAAACAGCUAGCUAAGAGCAUAGUGUUAGGCUGGGAGGCACCUGCAGGAGGAGUGACAGUGCAGAGCUACAACGUCUACGUGGACCAGGAGCUGCGUCUCAGUGUGCCCAUGGGGAGCCUAACCAAGGCUGUGCUAGAGAAGAUAGAUACAGGUCAUAAGACUCACCAUGUGGCUGUGCAGAGUGUGACAGAGCACGGUACCUCAGACCCAUUGCGUUGCUGCAUGCUGGUAGGAAAGGACGUUUCCGCGGCACCCAGUCGGCUACGGGUAGAACGCAUCAUGGCCACUUCAGCACGUAUUUCCUGGUUGCCUAGCAACAGCAAUUACACACAUGCAGUCUCUUUGAAUGGUGAGCUGUGUGAGUUGCUGCAGGCUGGCAGAUACUCACUGCGCCUUGGUGACCUUAUGCCUGGUCUGCACUACCGUGUGGAGGUGGAGGCUCAGCUGCCAUCAGAGCCAAGGGAACGCAAGUGUGCUUUCACCUCUUUCACCACACUUGCUGCAGGUCCUCCUGAUGCUCCUCUGGAUGUGCAGCUGGAACAGGGGCCAACCCCAGGGAUUGCUCAAAUUAGCUGGCUCCCAGUCACUAUUGAUGCUGCUGGGACUUCCAACGGUGUCCGUGUCACCGGCUACACCAUAUAUGCUGAUAAGAAGAAGAUGUUGGAGGUGUCCUCGCCCACAGCAGGAAGUGCUCUGAUUGGUCCUUCUCAGAUUGUAUUGCUUCGAGCGGCCCAAGAGAUCACUGUACGCACCAUGUCCCCUCAUGGUGAGUCAGCCGACUCAACGCCUGUGAAUGUGCCUGCCAAGCUGCCUGCCAUCAUGGCAGGGGCCUCCAUGCCACCCUGCCAGUUGGUGCCAGCCCAUUCCAGUGUCCUAACCACUGGUGCCACCAAGAAGGAGCCCAGUGUCUGUGCCACCUCUCUGUCUGCUGCCAAAAUGUCCACAAUACCACACAGCUCUAUAGUAGAUGCAAAUCCUCCUUCUCCCAUCAGGGAUGUCUAUGCCAACACACCCAAAGCUGCCUCCAAUGAUGCCCCUCUUCUCACUGCCUCAUAUGUAGAGGCAUGGGCAAAUCCAGCUGUGGCUGCGCAGGAGAGUCAGCCACUUCCUGGUACCAGUGCCAAUGUGCAGCAGGAAACUGUACCUGCACCAAAUGUUGUGCCCACUCCUGUGCCAGCCCCAGUGUCCAUGCACACAGCCACACCUCCAGCACAACCCAACUUAGCCCUUAAAACACUGGAGUCUAGCAAAGAUCAUGAAAGCCCUAGGCCAUUACAACGCUCCAUUACUUCUGUCUCUGAUUUUCUGGAUGACCCCUUGCCACACAAGUCAUCACCCACCCCCAGUAUACCCAAAGUCACGGUACCUGGGACAGAUGUGCUUGACGUGCCUGAUACACAUCCCCUGCGGCCACCUAACCCCUCACCUGUAGAGUCAGAGCCAGAGGGUGAAAGGGAGAACACUCGUUUGGUAUCCAUUGAAGAGUUCCUGCGGCCUGAACCUGUGCCCAGAACUAAGGUGUAUGCAGGAGGUCUGAUGGACCCUCCUCCUGACUAUCACGUGGAGAGCAGCCGUUCAGACCUAUCCGAUAUCCUGGAGGAGGAGGAGGAAGAUUUGUACUCCGAGUCUCCCGCUGAUGCAACACCCAAGACUUACAACUCGGGACCUGCAGGCAGACCAGAGGGGUGGGAGGCUGACAGUGAUGAGGAAGUCUUGGAGAACAUCCUGAAACUCCAUCCACAGGUGUAUGCUAAUAAACAGCUCUUCAGUAUCCCUGAGGUUACUGAGGAAGAGGACAAUAGCGAAUCAGAGCCUCACUGCAGGCAGUCUCCAACCACAGGGCACUUUCUCUGCCAGCCUGUCUCUGAAAAGUGUCAGUCAUGUGGGGACAAAUUAAAAACAGCAAGGAACAGAUGGACCACACAGGGCCGGCCUCAACCUGGAAUGAAUUACAUCAAGACGGUCGACACCACGAACUACGAAGAAGAUGAAGAGGUGGACCUUGAUUCAGACAGUAGCCUAUAUGUUGGUCCCUGCAGCAGGGAGGUGACACCGCGGCGUGCUUACUUGGGACACAAAGAACGUGACAGACUGCGCAGAGAAGCCCUACUUCGCAGCCACAUGACCUCCCACCUUGCCACCUCAGGUGUGACAGGACAAGGGCCGUACAUGCUCAGAAAGACAGUUUGCCACGUCAAGACCCCUGCUGUGGAGAUAGAUGUGGAGUACGGGACAGAUAACGAUGAUGAGGCAUCACAAUUAGACCCUGAGGAGGUUGUGGUGGAGCAGAUGAGCUCGGAAUGGUGGGUGGAGGGUGGAAACCAUGAUUACCACCACACUUCAUCUUCCAGACAGACCAAAAAGGAUACACUUAAAACCAUGGAAUCUGGUCACCAUCAAUGGGAGGCUGAAGGUAUAGCAGAUUCAAGGACAGCUUGGUGCGGCCCCAAAGACAUCAGUCCAAAAUUAAAUAGAUCGGAGACCAGAUUACCUAGAGAAGUGCCAAUUGGUGACAGUGAGGUACGGAUUUUUGUUGCCCUGUUUCCAUACGAUCCAUCAACAAUGUCACCCAAUCGCGAUGCGGCAGAGGAGGAGCUUCCCUUCAGGGAGGGACAGAUCAUUAAGGUUUACGGUGAUAAGGAUGCAGACGGGUUUUACAGAGGCGAGUCAGGUGGUCGUCACGGUUAUGUGCCGUGUAACAUGGUCUCUGAGAUUCAGGUGGAUGAUGAGGAGACCAGAGAUCAGCUGCUACAGCAGGGUUUCCUGUCCACCGAGUCCUCUAUAGACAAGAUGGGCACACGCUCACUCGCUCAGCUUCCGCACCGUCCGGCUCCACCACCCAAACCUAGACGCUCCAAGAAAGGAGUUUUAGAUGACAGUUCCAACACUGAUUCCUCCAAUCAAGAUAAUGCACGACACUCUACCAUUGCCAUGGGAAACCCUGUACCUCGCAGGAUGGUGGCGAUCUUUGAUUACGACCCAAGAGAAAGCUCCCCAAAUGCUGACAUUGAGGCUGAGCUGACUUUUAACGCCGGAGACAUCAUCUACGUGUUUGGAGACAUGGAUGAUGACGGCUUCUUUUACGGGGAUUUAAAUGGACAGAAAGGUCUGGUACCUUCCAAUUUCCUUCAGGCCUUUCCUGAGAACAGAGAUGAGACAGCAGAACCAGAUCAUAGUAGAGCCCACAUCCGGAGAGACUCACAGGUGAGUCAUGCUGCGUCUGUAGAGCAGACGGAGCCUCCAACAUCAAUCCCCCCAGACGAGACCCAGACCGAGCCCACUUCCCCACCUGAUCUGUGCCAGAACCUCCUUCCAGACCAGGAGCCGAUACACCACCCGGAUUCAGCUCCAUGCUCAGGCCAUCCUCCUCCUGUCCUUCCUGCCCCAGAAGAUCAUGCUGUCCCUGACACCUCUUCACUUGGCAAAAAGAAAAAAGGAUUCUUCUCUAAAGGGAAGAAGCUCUUCAAGAAGCUGGGCUCCAGCAAGAAGGAAUAAAAGCUAAAGACUGUUACUUUGACUAAUUUGCUGAUUGCACUUUCUCCACCUCGAUGUGAAUUCAUAUGCAUGUGUUUGUGAGUGUCAAUCUCUGUGACUGAUUGGUGCUUGUUUUUUUUCUUUCUUUCUGAUUUGUCUCCAUUUGCCACCUUGAUAAUGGUGUGUUCUUGCUGUGCUUCAAUCAGUAUAAAUAAAAAAAAAAAAACAUUCACUUCAUACUAGUAAAUACACUAAAUAUUCUGCAAGCUGUUACGUAAAAGUAGGUGACGUCUAAUUAAAAACCAACACCGAAUCAACAACGUUGGCUAUUGCGGCGAAAGGAUUAAUACCAGUAUAUAACUUUACACUCUCGAUUAGAUAACACAAGAUAACACACUAUGUUAGAUUAACUUGGUCAAAACGUCAGUGAUUUACACUUAAACUGAUUUACAAGUGUGCGAAUUACAAAUUGUAGUGCAAAAUGCUGGGAGGAAACAGAUUAGCUUUUGUGUGCAUUAAAUGUUUCUAGUAUGUUUAAUGGCAUUUCAAUGGCACCUGUACGUAAAAAAAUGCCUCAAAUUGCAAACACAUUAAACCAGACACAUGAAACUCUAAGUGUAGUUCAUAUUUAAAUGCUCUUCCAUGUCAUUCAAAGGUUAUUUGGUUCAUCUUUCUAUCUUGAGGCUAUAAACAUCUCGGAGUUUAAUGUCAGAGCACUCGUCUCGUAAUCACUGUGUUUCCCACUAAACACACUACAAGACCACAGGUAGUGACAAAAAAACAGAUCUUUUUUGAUCCCUGACUAGAAUCAUCAGGUUGUCGUGGUGACAACAUGAGAUCAGAUGAGAUUAUAUCAUGGGGAUGUGUUUUUUUUUUUUGUUUGUUUGUUUGUUUUUUGCAUUUUUAGCCUUUAAGGCUGUUUCAAUGCUGUUUGUAUAUUAAAUGGCAAUAAGGUUCAAUCCUGUUAUAUACAGACAUGUAUAAGCUUGUGGUGUCUUAAUGUGAAAAGAAUUACAUCACAACGGAAAAUAGUAGCUUGUGCUCAGCUCAGCUGCUGUGUGAACUAAAUACAUAAACUCCUUCGGUGUAAAAGGACAAGCUUCAGGAGGUCUCCUCUGGUCUGUCUUUGCCUUGCUUAUGGGACCCAAGUAGCACCAAAAGGUGUGUGCUGCAUGUGUUAACUGAUAAAAAGCAGCUGUGAUGACAUUGACAAAAAUGCUAAUGUUAGUUACUAUAAAUUUACAUGUCUAGGUCCUCGAAUAGUGAGCCGUAAUGCUAAUGGACAAGGGGAACAAUAACCCUUAUUACCUCAAGCUUACUUUGAAGAAUGUUGUAUAUUUUUUUUUAUUCAUAACUAAAAUUGCUACUAUUUCAGAGAGGUCUUGUUUCUGUUUAUGCACCGAUAUUUUGCAUGAGGCCCGGAUUGUGCUGAUUUUAUAAUCUGACGCAGAUUAUAAAAUAGAUUUCAGACAAGAUUUUGUUUGGAUCGUCUCACACAAGCAUGACCUGUGAUAUUAAAAUGAUGCUGAAAUCUCGCAGUAUAAAACUGGCUGAACUAGCAGUUUAUCAGCAUCUACUACAUGCUGCAUGUUCCAAACCAGAACAUCACACGCUCGUGCCAAACCUUUUGGUGCUCUUUGUGUUUCUAUGGCAGAGAAGAGAGCGCAGGGGUCCAAGCACCAGAUACUCUAUAGACCAGAGAUCCAGGCCUAGUCAAGUUCUCUCUGGUUCUUUGCUGAACCAAAUAAUAUAAUUGAAUUAAAUGUGACUGUAUUCAUCUUAAAUAUAUAAAAAAAAAUGCAGCCAUGAUGAAGGCACUGCAAUGUACAGUCAAAUUAUUUCUUUAAGUAGCCUUUAGGUAACUCUGGUUUUAGGCAAAGCAAUGGUCCCUAAGGUGUGCUAUAAUCCUAAAACUUGCUUUUCGAACCAGCUACUAUAGCUCAGAAGCUUUGAUCCCAGUGUUAUCGCUAGUGCUAUGCUAUGCUAUGCUCUACUAAUCUGCACCCACAGCUAACUUACUAGCCUUACGAGACCUUGUUUAGUCUUACUUCGAUGUUUACUUUUACUGUAUUUAUACUGACUGCAUGCAUGAAGGUGUUGCACCCGGACACGGCCUUAUUUAUCGAUAUUUAAGUAUUUAUAAUAUAACCUUGCAUUUCUUUACUUCUACAAUGCAUUUGUAGGACUCUUUUUUUUUUCACUGGAUGCAGUGGAGGCCAAGCUGGAAGACAUUAGCUGAUACUUUGGUGUGUGUGUAUGAUGUACAGUGUUCAGGUCAACGGUUUGCACUUUGUGA